CAAAGGAAGGGCAUGGGGCGAUGUGCAGCCCACAGUGCUGACCCCCAUCCCCUGCCCUGUCUCGCAGUUCUGCCAGCCCAGCGGUUGGCAGCUCUUCACAGAGAGGAACCCCCCCACCUUCUUCGUGGCCGUGCUGACCGACAUCAACUCAGAGAGGCACUACUGCGCCUGCUUCACCUUCUGGGAGGCUGUGGAGAGCGCGCAGCCUCAAAGCCACCCCAGGAAUGGAGAAGAGGAGGAAGAGGAAUCGGCUUCUCCUGUCCAACCGGCACAGCUCUUUGCUCCCAAGAGCCUGGUGCUGGUGUCAAGGCUGGACCACGCUGAGGUGUUCAGGAACAGCCUGGGCUUGAUCUACACCAUCUAUGUGGACGGGCUGAACGUGUCCCUGGAGAAUGUCAUUGGGAACCUGCUGACAUGCACCAUCCCCAUCACCGGUGGAGCCCAGCGGACGAUCUCGCUGGGGGCAGGGGACAGGCAGGUGAUCCAGACACCCAUCAAUGACUCGCUUCCCGUCAGCAGCUGCAGUGUGGCUCUGCUCUUCCGGCAGCUCGGCAUCACCAAUGUGCUGUAUCUCUUCUGUGCAGCGCUCACUGAGCACAAGAUCCUGUUUCUCUCCAGCAGCUACCAGCGGCUCACCGAUGCCUGCCGGGCUCUCCUUGCACUUAUGUUCCCCCUUAAGUACAGUUUCACGUACGUACCCAUCCUGCCUGCACAGCUCCUGGAGGUACUGAGCACGCCGACACCCUUCAUUAUCGGGGUCCACUCCAUCUUCCAGUCGGAGACACAGGAGCUGCUGGAUGUUGUUAUCGCCGACCUGGAUGGGGGCACAGUGAAUGUCCCUGAGUGUGUGCACAUCUCCCUGCUCCCUGAGCCUCUCCUUCAGCAGACCCGUGAAGCCCUCUCCAUGGUCUUGGACCCAGAGCUGGAGGUGGCAGAUCUGGCAUUCCCCCCUUCUACGAUUUCUGCUUCAUCUCUCAAAAUGCAGGACAAGGAGAUCCGGGCUGUCUUCCUCCGCUUGUUUGCACAGCUGCUGCAGGGCUACCGUUGGUGUCUGCACAUCAUCCGCAUCCAUCCUGAGCCCGUCAUCCGCUUCCACAAGGCAGCCUUCCUGGGGCAGAGGGGGCUGACGGAAGAUGACUUCCUUACCAAGGUGCUGGAGGGCAUGGCCUUUGCUGGCUUUGUGACAGAGAGGGGAGCUCCGUACCGCUCCAUCGACCUCUUCGAUGAGCUUGUUGCUUAUGAAGUGAAGCGCAUGCGUGCAGAAGAGGGGAACAAGCAGAAAAUAUUGCGGCACAUUAAGGAGCUGGCAGAGAAACUUUACAAAAAUGAGAACCCAUACCCCGCCGUGACCAUGCACAAAGUGCAGAAGCCCACGGAAGGCUGUCAUCUGCGCCUGCACCAGAAGCCCUUCCCACGUUUGGAUGAGGGCACAGUGCAGUGGAUCAUCGAUCAGGCCACAGCCAAGCUACAGACAGCUCCUCCAGCUGUGAAAGCAGAGAAGAAGUGCAUGGUUCCUUCAGGCCCCCCCCAUUGGUACGUGUCAGCCAUCAUGGAGCGAAAUGGCAACGCCUUGGCCAACAGCGCCCGCCGCCUGGAGGUGGUUCGGAACUGCAUCUCCUAUGUCUUUGAGAACAAGAUGUUAGAAGCCAAAAAGUUGUUCCCUGCUGUGCUGCGUGCCAUGAAAGGCCGAGCGGCCCGGCAUUGCCUGACCCAGGAGCUGAAUCUGCACGUGCAGCAGAACCGUGCCGUGCUGGACCACCAGCAGUUCGACUUCAUCGUCCGUAUGAUGAACUGCUGCUUGCAGGACUGCACGGCCAUGGAUGAGCAUGGGAUUGCAGCCGCGCUCCUGCCGCUGGUCACCGCUUUCUGUCGAAAACUGAGCCCAGGCAUCACGCAGUUUGCCUACAGCUGUGUGCAGGAGCACGUGGUGUGGACCAACAUCCAGUUCUGGGAAGCUAUGUUCUACAGUGAUGUGCAGAACCACAUCCGAGCCUUGUACCUGGACAGCAGUGAGGAGAACCACACAGAUGAGGAGGGCGCGGAGGAACCCCAAGAAGCCAGGUCUGCCCUUGAGAUAGCAUCAGAGCAGCUGAGGCUGUGGCCCACCAUGAGCCGAGAGAAGCAGCAGGAACUGAUCCAAAAGGAGGAGAGCACAGUUUUCAGCCAGGCCAUCCACUAUGCCAACCGCAUGAGCUACCUGCUGCUGCCUCUGGACACCAGCAAGAACCGCCUGCUGCGCAGCUCCGGGCUGGGGGAUGUGGAGAGCGUCAGCAACAGCUUUGUCACCAACAGCAUCGCUGGCAGCGUGGCCGAGAGCUACGACACGGAAAGUGGAUUUGAGGAUGCUGAAAGCUCGGAUGUGGCCAACUACGUGGUGCGGUUCAUCAACCGCUUCGUGGACAAAGUGUGCACUGAGAGCGGAGUCACCAACGAGCACCUGAAGGGGCUGCACGUCAUGAUCCCUGAUAUCGUGCAGAUGCACAUAGAGACACUGGAUGCUGUGCACAGGGAGAGCAAGAGGCUUCCUCCCAUCCAGAAGCCAAAGCUGCUGCGCCCCAACCUGUUGGUGGGUGAGGAGUGUGUGAUGGAGGGGCUGCGUGUGUACCUCAUGCCCGACGGGAGGGAGGAGGCCGCCGGGGGGAAUAUUGGUGGUCCACCUCUUCUCCCUGCGGAAGGAGCCAUCUUCCUCACCACGUACCGCAUCAUCUUCAAAGGCACUCCCACAGACCCCCUGGGUAAGGAUCGUGCAUGCACCACACCCUCCGUCUGCAUGGGCUG